AGAGCGAGCGCGAAGGUCCCGGAUUCUGAACCCUCCCCUUAUUGCCGCUCAGUCGGUCGGUCAGUCAGUCUGCGAGAGCCCGGCGGAGAGUGUAGAGCUUCAGGAGAACCCAACUUAAUAAUUUAAAUAAAACACUCCCUGUACGAAACCACAGACAUGGCAUCCGGAGUCACCGUCACAGACAACGUCAUCCAGGUCUUCAACGACAUGAAGGUGCGCAAGUCCCAGACGCAAGACGAGAUCAAGAAGAGGAAGAAGGCGGUGCUGUUCUGCCUGAGCGACGACAAGAAGAACAUCAUCCUGGAGGAAGGGAAGGAGAUCCUGGUGGGAGACGUGGGGGAGAGCGUGGACGACCCCUACCUGACCUUCGUCAAGAUGCUGCCCGACAACGACUGCCGCUACGCGCUCUACGACGCCACGUACGAGACCAAGGAGACCAAGAAGGAGGACCUGGUCUUCAUCUUCUGGGCCCCAGAAAACGCCCCCCUGAAGAGUAAAAUGAUCUACGCCAGCUCGAAGGAUGCCAUUAAAAAGAAAUUCACAGGUAUUAAACACGAGUGGCAGGUGAACGGUCUGGAUGAGAUCCGAGACAGGGCGACCCUGGCAGAGAAGCUGGGUGGUAGCACUGUGGUAACCUUGGAGGGGUCCCCUGUGUGAGAUCGCCUCUGCCAGAGUGCAAGUGCUACUGGAGCCCCCCCUGGGCACUCAUUGUCCUGUGCUGUUAGUCUGAGGGGUUGCGGGGGGGGGGGGGGG